CGGCUGCCAUUGGGCAGGCUCUUCAGUCUAGCACGUCGGUAUCCCUGGACCAGCGGACGCUGCGCGUCACCGUGUCGCCGCGCUGCAGAAAGAGCCGGCAAGCUGGCAACUUCUCCAACCAUAAAGUGCGGAUACGAAUCUGUCGAAGAAGAGACGAGCGAUUGCUCCUGGAAUUUCGCACUAACCACAGUGACGUACACAGCGUGCCGUUGUUGCCCGGGUCUUCCCGCAACGUGCUGCGCCGCGCCAUGAUGCUGCAACUACCCGCGAACUCGGAGUGCAAGGAAGGUUUCGGGGGGCAGCGCAGUGGUUUCGACACUGCGGCUCUCGCAUGA